UUUGUGAUCAAUUACUUAGUAUUUUCUAUCUUUACCUUUUCUCUUUCAAGAUCAGUUACUUACCUGAAAGAGGAAGGCCAAAUGACAAUGGGAAAAUAUGCUGCUGAUAUUUCCUCCAUUAAAGAAGCACAUGCUAGAAUUAAAUCAUUGAUCCGAAAAACUCCAGUUCUCUCCUCCAACUCUCUGAAUGACAUAUCAAGAAGAAAACUAUAUUUUAAGUGUGAAAAUUUUCAAAAGAGCGGAGCUUUUAAAUUUAGAGGUGCCUGCAAUGCUGUUUUCUCUCUCACAGAUGAAGAUGCUUCUAAAGGUGUUAUAACACACAGCAGUGGAAAUCAUGCUGCUGCAUUGGCUUUGGCAGCAAAACUAAGGGGAAUCCCUGCAUACGUUGUUACUCCAAAAAAUGUGCCAAUUUGUAAACUUGAGAAUGUUAAGAGGUAUGAUGGUAAGGUUAACUUUUCUGAGGCCAACAUAAGGUCAAGAGAUGAAGUUGCGUAUAUAUUACGACAAGAAACCGGUGCUAUAUUUAUACCUUCUUCUAAUGAUGGCCGCAUACUGAGUGGCCAAGGUACCAUAUCCUUGGAGCUUUUGGAACAAGCCCCUCAGAUUGAUACUCUUGUAGUACCUAUAAGUGGCGGUGGUAUGGCAUCGGGAGUAGCAUUAGCUGCCAAGGCCAUUAACCCGUCUAUUCGGAUUUUGGCUGCUGAGCCAAAAGGAGCUGAUGAUGCAGCGCAAUCUAAAGCAGCUGGGAGGAUAAUAACAUUGCCUGAGGUCAAUACCAUAGCAGAUGGGCUCCGAGCAUGUCUCGGAAAUUUUACAUGGCCUGUUGUACGAGAUCUUGUUGAUGACAUAAUAACUGUGGAAGAUAGUGAAAUUGUGAAAGCCAUGAAACUAUGUUUUGAAAUUCUAAAGAUUGUUGUUGAACCAAGUGGAGCAAUCGGCCUUGCUGCUGUCUUAUCAAAAACUUUUCAGAAAAAUGAUGCUUGGAAGGAUAGCAAGCAUAUAGGAAUAGUAAUUUCAGGUGGCAAUGUUGAUAUGGCAGUGCUUUGGAAUUAUUUGAACAAAUCAAAAUGA